AUGAGCAUCUGGCGUAGCGGGGGAAACAUCUCCCGCGUCUUGCGACCCGGUCGACCCCAGAGUCUACUCCGCAUCCGAUCUCCCACCCCACCGGUACGAUGUCGCGGAUUUCAUGCGGGCCCGUCGUUGUGGGGGAUAAAAUCCCAGGUUUUGAAAGAUGUUGGGGAGGGGAUCACCGAGGUCCAGAUCAUCCAGUGGUAUGUUGAGGAAGGCGCACACAUUGAGGAAUGGAAGCCUCUGUGCCAAUACCAGUCCGACAAGGCAGUUGAUGAUAUUACGUCGAGAUACGAAGGUGUAAUCAAGAAGCUUCAUUUUGAGGCGGAUGAUACGGUGCCCACGGGAAGAGCACUCUGCGAUAUCGAAGUCGACGAUGCAAAAUAUCCAGAUGACAACCCGCCGCAUGAGCCGCAAGCAGUACUUGCUGAACCUAGCCCUGCCUCAGAAGUGGCGGCAGGAACUCAGGCUGCCGAAUCUUCGCAGCCUGCUCCUGAAGUCUCGGAGGAGACGCCCAGAUCGAGAUAUGCGUCUCUAGCAACUCCAGCAGUCCGUGGGCUGUUGAAAGAUCAUAGUGUCAACAUCCUUGAUGUCAAUGGGACCGGCAAAGAUGGACGUGUCCUCAAAGAAGACGUCUUGAAAUUUGUUGCAGCGAGGGAAUCCAGCGCCGAGCCAGCUCCUGCACCAGCACCACUAUCUCCAACACCAGACGGCCGACAAAGCGAGUCGGUGGUGAACCUGAGCCCAAUUCAAUCACAGAUGUUCAAAACAAUGACACGGUCCUUGAACAUCCCACACUUUCUAUUUGCAGAUGAGCUGAAAGUAGAAACCAUCACCGCCAUCCGCAAGAAGCUUGCCGGUGACGCGCGCGACCCGAAAAAGAUCACCUUCCUUCCCUUCGUUGUCAAAGCUGUGUCGCUAGCACUGAACGAAUACCCCAUCCUCAAUGCCCGAGUCGACACCAGCAACCCGGACAAACCGCAACUAGUCAUGCGAGCCAAGCACAACAUCGGUAUUGCCAUGGACACACCACAGGGCCUGAUCGUCCCGAACAUCAAGGAUGUCGCGAGCCGCUCGAUCUUCGACAUUGCCGCCGAGAUCUCGCGGCUCAGUGCCCUGGGCAAGAGCGGCAAACUGACUCCCGCCGAUAUCAGCGGUGGAACCAUUACCGUCUCGAAUAUCGGCAACAUUGGGGGCACGUAUGUUGCGCCGGUGAUUGUCCCAACGGAAGUUGCCAUUCUCGGGGUCGGGCGGUCUAAGACGAUGCCGGUCUUUGAUGAAGCGGGCCAAGUUACGCGCGCGGACCUGGUGAAUUUCAGCUGGAGUGCGGAUCAUCGUGUGGUCGAUGGCGCGACUAUGGCGCGCAUGGGGAAUAAGGUGCGGGAGUUGAUUGAGGCUCCGGAGCUUAUGCUUCUGAAUAUGAGGUAA